AUGUCGAAGCUGAACAGUUCUGAUUUGACUCAUGAUUGUCCCGCUGACACUGUGGAGCUCUUGCGCGAACUGCGUGUUCUGCAGUCAACAGGGAUCUUGUGCGAUGUCAAGUUGACAGGCAGCGACGCAUCCUCGGUGGGCAUUCCCUGUCAUCGCUGCGUGCUCACCGCGCACAGUCCUUAUUUUCGCGCGGUUUUCACCCACGAUUGGAAGGAAUCCUCGGAACCAGUGUUCCGCCUGGGCAACAUCGAUCAGCGCACGUUGAAGGAGUUGGUAGGAUACGCGUACACCAUGGACCUGAACCUCAGCGACGACAACGUGACGUCUGUUCUGAUCGCGGCGCAGUUUCUGGGGAUGACUCCGGUGGCCGCCAGAUGCUGGAAAUAUUUAGAAGAGCAUCUGUGCGUGUCCACUUGCUUGACCGUCCACGCGUUGGCCUCCCACCACCACAAUCCCCAUUUGGCCGCGGCAGCCCUGGACUUGAUCUGUCGUCACUGUCUCUCUUUGACGCAGGGCCUGGACUUUCUGCAGAUGGACGCGCAACAGGUGGCCGAGCUGUUGGCGUCGGAUGACUUGGAGGUGUCCAGCGAGGAUCAGGUGUGGGAGGCGGUGCAGCGCUGGCUGGAUCACGACCGUCCUGAACGACUGCCGCAUGUGUCCGCCGUCCUGCAGGCUGUCCGUGCGCCGUUCCUCAGCGCGGAGGCUCGACAGGAGUACGCGGCGCUUCUGGCCGUUGCGCCGGUGGGGAUCCCGUCGGGCCAGUCCGCGGAGGACGGGCAGUUGGCCGACGGGACAGCGCAAAACACCAUCCACGACAUUCAUGCGGUAAUUGUUCUGUAUUUACGAUCUGAUUCUGUGUCCACUAUGGAGCGAAUUAUUGGUGCGCAGGACGUGAUCGUAUGCGUUGGCGGUUACAGUGAUAUUCCGCAUAACGUCGAAGAUUUGGUGCACGUCAUCAACCCUUCCAUCCCGGCUGCGUGGUCCAUGAAGGCGCUGCCAGCAACCGUGGAUGGCUGCGUUGCAGAGAUGCUGGACGACCGCUGGAUGGUCAUCGCCACCGCUGAGCACAUCCGCACCGUGGCCGCCCUGCCGACACCGCGCCAUCCCAACACCGCCGGUGUGGCCGUCCUCAAUGGGCGCCUGUAUGUCAUCGGUGGCACCCAUCGUGAUGACGAGGACGAUCUGUUGGCGUGCGUGGAAGCGUACGAUUUCCUCAGCCGUUCCUGGAGUGCUGUUUCCGCGCUGCCCCACAGUACUGGCUACUGGGUAGCGGUGGCGUGUGCCGGCCGGCUGUAUGCCUUCGGCAACGACGGUAGCAGUCUGGCCUUGGCCUACGAUCCUGCCGGUGACACCUGGACCCGACUGGCCGAUAUGCCCACGCCGCGUGCCGGGGUGGCUGCCUGUGUGACGCCCAGCGGACUAAUUUACAUUGUCGGCGGAGCUGUAGGUGUCGCUCCCGGGAAUGUGGAGGAAUUGGUAGCAUGCGCGCUAGUGGAAUCCUACGACCCCACCACCAAUCAGUGGCAGAGAAAAGGAGACCUCCUCAAGAAGCGCGGUCGUCCCGGAUGUGCCUGCGUGGGCGGGAAGCUGUAUGUGCUGGGUGGAUAUGACUAUAACGAGUCAGCGAUGGUCGUCGGUGUCGAAGAGGACAGCAUCGAGGUGUACGACGAAGAGGCCGACAGCUGGGCGCUGCAUGGAUGCCGCCUGCCACUGGCCAAGCACGGCUUCAGUUGCGCUGUGAUGAAGCUAAAACCGGGCUGACCAGCAUUCGUUCAGCGAAGAAUUUUGCCAGGAUCUGGCAAUCGCUAAAUU